AUGGGCACAGAGACUGCCAUCGUGCCAGUAACUCCUGAGCCGCUGUGGCUUCGAUUGCUGCGAGAUGAGGACAGUUCACCGCUGGAGCGACUUGACGCGAACAUGCGCCAGACGCCAGAUUGGGUUCAGCUGCGGGGGAUUCUGGAGCAGGGGAGCCCCUGGGUGCGAGACACCAUCUGCGGCCUUCUUUUGGAUGAGAUGUCGCGCUCUUUCCAGAAUGUGGUCGGGCAGCUGCGAACUUUCAGAGAAGUGAUGGCGGAGAUGCAGGCGACUAUGGACUCUGAGGAUGCGCAGGCCCUGCACCACCUACUCAGGGAUAUGCAACCAUCGGGCAUUGCAGCCCUGCAGAGAGAAGCUAAUGGCAUCAGCGAACACAUCAGCUCUGUCAGGUCUCAUCUGGAAAGGGGAGACUUCUCUGGUGUGCACAGUCUAGCACAGCGCAUUGCUAAUAAAGCCAAGCGCUUCAGAGGCAAGUAUGAAGAGCUGCGCCCCCAGUUGGACCGGCUGCAGCGCAAGGUUCAAGAGAUUGCUGACAAGUGCACGGAAGCAGCGCAAAGAUCAGACGAACUGAUCGAGGAGACCAAGCAGAGGCGCGACAAAUGGUUCGCCCUUCUGUGUUGCAUCAAUUGCGUACUAGCUGCUGGCGGUCUGCUUGUCUUUGCUGGAGCUGGAGGCACAGUCUUGGUCGCCAAAGGCAUGUUACUCUGGAAAGCGUCUGCACUUGCAGAAGCAACAAGCACCCUUGUAACCGCCAAGGCAGCUGCAGCAGCGAAGUUUGCAGCCGCGGCAGAUGCAGCAGCUCUAUCUAAAGCUGCGGCUGCCGCGGCAACCCCAACUGCCGCGGCUACAGGUAGCUCGGUUGGCACAGCGAUUGGCGUGGCUUCCAUCGCGGGUCUUCGUGCCGGGGUUGUAGCAGUAAGCGCCGGGGCGCCUGCGGCCACGUUAUUCGGCUCCCAAACACUUGGUGGCUUGGCUGUUAAGGCAGGGUUGAUGGCAGCACCUGCAGCUCCUUUGGGAGUAGUAGUCGGCGCAGCAUCUGCAGCAGCUGCAGCAGCUGGCUGUGUUUACAUGCUGUGGAGUGCAGCAUCUGCUGCACUUGUCGCACCCGCAGCCGGCGAUGCAGCAUUUAACGCAUUUGCCGCUGCCAUGGCUGCAUUUGCUGCUAAACAAGCGGCUGCAGAAGAAGCUGCAGCUGCGGCAGCUCAGGUUGCUAGCGCUACACAGAAUGUGAAUGCUCUCCAACUUACGUUGCAAACAUUGCCCACUGUUGUUGGGAACGCAUCGCCAUUUGUCAUCGGUUCGGCCUGCAUCUUGGCAUUGGCGCUGCUCGGAUAUUGUGGACGAAGUUACCUGAAAAGCCUGUUGGGGAGGCUUUGGGCAGCAGAGAUUCAAGAGCACGAGAGGUCAAAGGCAGCCUUCAGACGUGUGGCGCAGAUGCUGCAGGAGACUACACAGAAACUGACGACCAUCUGCCAAAAGAGCGAAGCCCUAGAAGACUGCUUGGAUGUGGUCGUGGAGGUCGCCGAGGAGCUAGCAGGCACAGCGCAGGAUGCGCAGGACGUCGUGGACCCACAGGAGUUGCACGCUGAGACGCUGAAGAUGCACGAGCAGGUCAACAAGCUGUGCGCAACAUAUGCAUCACUGCCAACUGCAUUCGAGCAGCUUCAUGCUUCUGUUCGGGAGCUCGAGGCUCAAGUGAUCCAGUCCGAUGUCGUCCAACCAACAGAGCUUGGACCUGGACCUCCGCUUGUGAUUCGGGAAGGUGAUGUCCACAUCCCAGAAGUCAAUCGGCUGGAGCUGCCCGAUCCGGACGGAGAGUGGAUCCUCGUAGAAUCUCCACCUCCAGCCAGUCCCUCCACUAACGUUGAGCUUCAUGAUUGUUUGCCUCUCAACACAUACCUGCUGGUGGCAGUGGAGUGUGCUGCGAGGCUGGGAGCCCUGCUCGCGGCAGGACCUGGCGGAAAUCGCGUUUGCCAGGUGCUCUCUCAAGGACAAGCUCUGCGGCCCAUGUCGCAUUUCUCUGCUGUGGGUGAGCACCGCCUGACAGCCGGGCAUCCCUUGCGGGUGCAAAGGUCAGGCUCCUGGAUCCACGAGCGCGCAUCUCUGCUCCAAAGCGGCGAUGUCGUGCUCACCUUCUCCGGCAGCCAGGUAGUCGAGUCUGUUGCUGGCCAGGUGAGCAAUGAGGAGGUCUUUUCGUUGGACAUCCAGGGCAACCAGGAGGUGUUCAUGUUCACCAUCACUCCUGGCAAUGAUGGCCGGAUCAGUCUGGGCAGCGUGGCUGUCUUGAGCAGCAUGGCGCAGGAGGACGAGACCGCCCGCAGAAGCACCUCUGCCCCACCCCGGCUGAGAAAUGGCUUUCCUUCCAUCGGCUCCAAGUUAUGCAAGGGCACUUCUCGCUGCACCAACAUCUGCAGGAAGUUUCUACGGGGCACCUGCUUGGACGGACAGGAGUGCAAAUUCUGCCACCUGCCGCAUCCAGAGGAGCCUAAGCGGGCAGUGAGAGGCCAGCGCUUCGAAGCACGAAGCAGCUACAGCGCUUGA